AUGUUUGUAUCCUUCGCUCAUCGCACUGCCCAGGGCACUGCCACAGGCGGACCCCUCAGCAGGGUCCCUACUGGGGCGGACAUCGAGGCUACGCUCGGAGCGCGCAUGGCACUGGGAAGCAAGGAUGCCGCCAACGUCUUCCUCAUCACAGGUGACCACGAGGCUUGGAAUGGUCCAUCGGAUCAGACAGUACACACGAUGCGAUCUUGGGGUGUAACGACCGUGUCAGGCACCCUGGUCGAGGAUCGAGCCCAAGCGGCGUUGAACCCGGGCCAGCAGAAGGAGAAGAAGAAGAGUCUGAGCAAGCUCUGGGGUCUGAGGCGACACUCGCCUGCACAACCCCAAUUGCAGGCUCUCCUAGGUGCUGCUAUUUUUCACUUUGCGGGCAGUGCAGUCGAGCUGCGGAGCGAGCUCGAAAAGCUGGCAUCACUUGGCGUUUCGAUGCAAGGCGAAUCCAGGCCGAUCGUCGUUUGGGAACCCAGCAACUUGUCUCUGUACGAGUUGCAGCAGGCCCUACCACUCACCGACAUUGCAUCCUUCAGCCCCAACACAUUGGCAAUGCUGUAUGGUUCCGAGGGCGACGCAGACGAGGCUGCGAUCGAGGGCUACGUGGGUACGCUCAUGGCCGGGGCGAUUGGACCUUCAGGGAAGGGUAUCAUCCUCGUGCGCAGUGACGAAAAACAUCUGGUGGCGACCCAAGAGGGUAGCUUAUCCUGGACGCCGACGUUCCACAACUCGGGCGGUCAUCAGUACAUUCACAGGGCCGGGACCGCGUCGGUCUUCGUGGGAGCCUUUGCCAUCCGCUUCGUGCAAAGGGGCAACGCAGCCGAGGCAGCUCUCGCCGGUUCCGUGGCCGAAAGCUUUGCGCAAGAGCAAGUUGGGCUUCCCAGCCGAGACCCGUGCCCCAAUCUGAGCGCACAAGAGGACUACGCACAUGCAUCUUACGGACUGCCUCGGGGGCGUGCUGCCGGUAACGAGGUGUGGAACCUUGUGGGCUUCGAAGUGCGCGUGCGGGAGCUUAGGGAGAGGAUAGCUGCGGACCGGCGUCACCAACAGAGCCAGCAGAGGCGGCUGUCGGGUGACACCAUUACUGACGAGAUGUGA